CAAACCAUUUGAUAUCUCUCGCUUAUGGGCCAUGGCGGUGACGGAGGAAUUCUACCGACAGGGUGAUAUGGAAAAGGAGAAGGGCGUGGAGGUUCUGCCCAUGUUUGAUCGCUCAAAGAACACGGAGCUGGCCAAGGGGCAGAUUGGCUUCAUUGACUUUGUUGCCGGCCCGUUCUUUAAGAAGAUUGUGAGUGCCAGUCUCACCGGCAUGCAAUGGACAGUCGAACGUGUGGAGAGUAACCGUUUAGAGUGGCAGCGAACACUUGAUGCCAAGUAG